AUGAAUAAACAUAAAAGAGUACCCUCAGCUAUCCCACAUGUUAAAAAAGAAUUCCUCGAGGACGAGCCUGGAAGAUUUUUAAUAUCACAAGGGAUAGGGAAAGAACAAAGUUCUUCUUCUAUGAAUUCUUCAUCAAGCUAUGAAGCAGUCCAGCACAAUUUUGUUGUACCAUUUGACGAGUUUAAACAAAAAACUCUUGAAUUUCUCAAAAACCAAAGCUCAAAGCCACCAGUCAAUAUAAAAAUCACACCAGCCAAUGCUUCAUUAAACUCAUCAUCAAGCGAAAAUUCCAGCAUUAUAAAUCCCCAGCCUGCUUGCCUAUUUCCUUUAGGUGAAAAAUCUUGUGAGGAUUCUUCUGACUCUCAAAAGCGAUUUCGAGCUAAAAGCUGCUCAAAUCCUCGAGUUGAGCUCUCUGCAGCUAUGAAAAAUAUACAAGAAAGUCAAACAAUCCAUCAAAAGAAAUUAGAAUUCAUCAGGAAAGAUGUAAAGCAACAACUGCUGCAGAUAGUCAUGCAGCUGGAUCAAUCUGAUAUAGAUACUGAUAGAAUGCCAGACCCAAGAAUAUCAGUUGGGUCAACAGAAACGCUAAGUGGGCCUGGAAGCUCAGUAAAUCAAUUAGACGAAAUGAGCUGGGUAAAACUAGAUAACUCCGUUGAGCAUUAA